AUGGAUGGCGUUGCUGCUGCUGCUGGUGGUGCUUCUGCUACAGCUGGAGCAUCAGCGGAGGCUUUGAAGCUGGCACAGAAGCAACAAGAACAGCAGGGGCAGCAUCAGGGGCAGCAGCAGCAGCAGCAGCAGCAGCAGGGCCAGCAGCAACGACAAGAUCAGAAGCAGAAGGAUGAGCAGCAACACCAACGGCAGCGAGAGCAAGAAGAGGCGGUGGCAAUGGCAGGAGAGGACCGCUCCCACGUGCUCGUCUCACCCUCCCGGGGCUUUGUCUUUGCAGCGGUGUAUGACGGCUUUGCAGAGCACCACGCCGUAGAUUACCUGCUCGCACACCUCUACACCGCACUGUGCCACCAGCUGGACGCGUGCGGCUUGCAUACACUGCACCUGGACUCUCAAGUAAAUUCUCUGCACCUGGACGGUUGUGGUGGCGGCGGCUUGCCCUCCGUGCCCUCCCAGGAGUGUCACAGAAACGGCCAGCAUCUCACAUGCGGCCUGCACUGUCAAGCAUGCACGGAGAGUGGGAGGGGGCAAGAAGGCCAUAGUGCAUCUGGUGGUUUGGAAGGGAAGUGUGAGUGUGGGUGUGAGUGUGAGAGUGCAGCAGGUGGGGGUGAGUUGAAAGGAAAGAUGAGGUGGAUGGUGCGUAAGAUGGGCAGGGCGAGUAGGAAAGCGUUCCCGAGGGACCGAAGCCGCUCUGAUUGGUCAGAAGCUUCGGAAGAGACAGAGGGAUUGGAGCAGGAGGGUGCGUGUGAGGGAACGGGCGGGAAUGAGUCCAAGGGUAAGCUAAGGUGGACGUUGGGUGAGGUGGGGAGGGCGAGCAGGAAAGCAUUCCCAAGGGAGCGAAGCCACUCUGAUUGGUCGGAAGCUUCUGAUAACCAGGAUGACCAAGAAGCAUUCCCUGUGGAUAACCAGGAUCGCAGAAUGGGCCAGGAGGGUGCAUCUGAAAAGACACAGGGGGUGCAGCAGGAGAGAGGGUCUGAUGCUUCUCAGAAUGGAAAGCUGAGGGGAGAGAAGGAGGGAGAAGGAAAUGGAGAAGGGAAGGAGGAAGGGAAGGGGAUCAAACAAGUCGUGGGACAUAGUCAGAAACAGUCGCAGCAGCAGCAGCAGCACCACCACCACCACCACCAUCACCACCAGGAACGGCAGCAGCAGCAGCACCCUUUCCAUGUGCCAAAGGCCUUGCAAGAGCCAGGUAACGACCACAGAAGGCACCAAAUGAUCUUAGGCGCCUUAGAACGCGCCCUUGCCUCUACCGAGUCCUCCUUUCUGACGCGAGUUAAAGACGUCUCUAAAGACCAGCCAGAGUAUGCGGUAGGAGGGGCGUCUCUAGUUGCUGCUAUAGUCACAGGGACCGAUGUUUAUGUGAUUAAUUUGGGGGAUAGUAGGGCGGUGAUUGUAAGGGGGGAAGAGGUGGGGAGGGGAUGGCGGGGGGUGUUGAGGAGAGGGGCAGGAGAGGGAGGGGGAGGGAGUGCUAGCCGUGUGAGCGGAAGGAGGAGAAGCGGGGAAGGGGGACGUGGGCGAGGGGGAAGUGGGGGAUGGGGGAGUGGUGGAAGAGGGGAGGGAGAGGGGAGUGGUAGCAGCAAAGGGAGUGGCAGAAGAGAGAAAGUGGGGGAAACGGGGGAUAUGUGGGAGAAGGGGGAGAAAUGGGAGAGGGGUGAGAUUAGUGGGGCUGUUGGGGAAAUGGAAAGUGCGGGAAGCAGGGGUGCAGGAGGAGGGGAAGCAGGAGGAGAGAAGAGAGGAGGCAGAGGAGGGGGAGUGUGGAGGUGUAAGGCAGAGAGACUGACAGUGGACCACAACACGAGCAAUGCUGCUGUGAGUCCACUCUCUUCUUCUAUCACCCUCCUCCCCUCCUCGCAUUUCUCCUUUCGAGAGGUGCGGCGGGUGCAGCAGGCGCAUGCCGACAGUGACGUCAUCAAGAGGGGGCGGCUAAAGGGCAAGAUCAAGCUCACACGCGCCUUUGGUGCAGCUUACCUCAAGAACGUGAGUGCUUACCUCAAGAACGUGAGUGCUUACCUCAAGAACGGGUGGGGGAAGAGAGAGGACGUGGGGGAGGAGGUGCAGGAGCAGCAGGAGGAGCAGGGGCAGCAGGGGCAGCAAGAGUAA